GAACAGAAGGCGAGCAGCCAGUCAGUCAGCCAGUCUGCGGUGACACCAACUGAAAACCGUCUGUGUUAUGGAUAUUUUAUUCUCGUUCUGCCGUCGGAUGUGGUGAAAACGCAAGCGCUGCCGUUUGCCAUAAACAUGAGUUCUCAUGUUAUCAGCCCUGGACCGUACCGAGCCACAAAACUGUGGAAUGAAGUCACUCGUCUCUUUAGAGGUGGCAUGCCCCUAAGGAAACAUCGCCAAAACUUCCGCAACCAUGCCUCAUGCUUCACGGCUUCUGCUGCCGUGGAAUGGCUACAUCAGCUCCUCUGCAGCAACAGCAACUUUGGCCCCGAUGUCACCAGGCAACAGACCUUGCAGCUCCUGAAGAAGUUUCUGAAGAACCAUGUUAUUGAAGAUGUGAAGGGUCGCUGGGGCUCGGAGGAUCUCGAGGACAACAACUCGCUGUACAGAUUCCCUUCCACUUCUCCCCUAAAACCCAUUCCCCGUUCAGCCACAACCUCAACCUCCAGCUCCAUAAAGAAACGACCUUCCCUAAAGGACUUCAGGUUUAGGGGUGUGAAAAAACAUGAAAAGGAGACACUGGAAAAUGUUGAUCCUGCCCUCCAAGCAGAAGGAAAUCAGCUUAUAGGAGACCAGCAGGCGCCAAGACGAGAGCUGACAAUGGAUGACGAACAGGAAAUCUGGAGGGACAUCACCCUAACCCACCUGCAGAGGAUUCUGGGUCUUGCGUCGCUUGAUGAGGUUUUAAACCAGCGUUACAUUAAUCCACAGAACAUCAUUCAUAACAUGACCAAAGUCAACAAGCAUGGAGUGGUCACGAUGGACGACAAGACCAAUGACCUUCCACACUGGGUUUUGUCUGCCAUGAAGAGUUUGGCCAACUGGCCAAAGUACGACAGCGCACAGCCGUCUUAUCCCGGCUUUGAGAGAGAUGUCUUCAAAACGGUGUCCGAUUACUUCUACAGCCUCCCACAGCCGUUACUCACAUACGAACUGUACGAACUGUUUAUCAACAUCCUGGUGUUUUGUGGGUACGUUGCGACGCCCACUACGCACCAACGUGGGAAACGCAAGAAGUCUGACCUGCCCUCAGUCCCUCCCCCAGCCAAGACGUCUUUUCGCUCCACAGAGUGUCUCCUCCUGUCUCUUCUCCAUCAGGGGACAUGUGAUGAAACAGAAUCUCCCAUGAGAGAUGUGCUUGGCGGGAAACUGCAGUCACGGCUGGAGGCACUGAGAGGAGGUGGUGCGGGUGACGCUCAGUUUGGUGGCAGCCUCAUGAGCCUGAGUACUGCUGUUUCCAUGAAACCUCAAUCCAGAAGUUGCUCACUAGAAACCAUCCUGGAUGACAGUCCCCCUCUCAGACGACAGCCACUAUUUCUGUCCAGUGACAGCCUGGCAUUCUGCACCUUCAACAGCAGGAGCCAGGACGACAGUCCUGCAGUCAUAACACCCCCCUGUCAUUCAGACUUUUUAUCUAUAUCCAAAGCAUCUGCUGUGGCCUGUGGAAAUGCUCCAGGAAGUACAACUAGAAAUAGACUAUCUGUAGUUUCCACAGCUGGACUGUCCUCCACAAAGAGGUUGCAUCCCUUGCGGCCGCACAGCGUAGGCAGCUGUCUGGACAUUGUGGUAGAAGCCAGGGAAGAAGAAGCAAAAGAAACCACCUGGCAGGGCCGAACAACCAGCUGCCUGAAUGUUAACACUCCGGCAGACUCGCGUCUCUCCUCCUCAGCUUCACGUCCCUGCUUGGUGCCCUCCUAUCUACCCUCUUCUUCUUCCCAUCAUCCUUUCUCCUCCUUGUCUUCAACUGCUGUGGCCAAAGCACAAGGGUCUUAUGCUGCUAUAGGACCCAACGGGCCCAGACCCGCCUCCAGUACUUCUAAUAUCUGGAUGCCUCCCGCUCCUGCUGUUAUCCGGCGCUGCCUCAGCUCUCUGGACGUGUGCAAGCCUUCUCGUCCUGUGUCACUGUUCAAACGCCCUGUCUGUGUGCCCAGCAGCAGCGCACACCCCCCUCAGCCUAAACCUGAGCACAGCCUCAUCCAGCCUCAGUGUGAGCGUGUAGCCAUCGAGGCUCUGCAGCUUUGCACCCUCCUCCUGCCUCCUGCCUCCCGCAGGAAGCUGCAGCUCCUCAUGAGGAUGAUGUCACGCAUCAGUCAGAAUGUGGACAUGCCUCGCCUCCACCCUGCCAUCGGCACCCGAAUAUUGAUGGUCCACACCUUCUCAGGCUGUGUCCUGGGCAGUGCUGAGGAGUGUGAUUUGGAUGAGCUGUUGGCCACCAGGCUGGUGUCUUUUCUGAUGGACCAUCAGCAGAGCAUCCUCUCAGUUCCAGAGUACCUGUUCAGUGCCAUCAAUGACCACAUUCAGUAUCUUCGCACAGCACAGGUUCCCAUUGAGAGCCUCACUAACCUUGAUGGUGACGAUCCAAUAUACGCUCCAGUGCCCGUGUUCGCUUUCUGCCGUCAGAUUAGCGGGGCUGAGUUUGAACAGCAGAAGCAGACGUCUUCUCACGAGGCCAUGGAGGAGUUACUGGAGAUCAUGCUGACUGACCAAAACAUCAGUGAGAAAAACAGACGCAAGAAACUGAAGCAGUUUCAGAAGCAGUAUCCAGACAUCUACAGUCGUCGUUUUCCCCCAUCAGACAGAGAGAACAAGACCGACAACAAACCAAAGAUUAAACCCGCACUCCUUAACAUCAAGAAGACCAAAGCGUUCAGCAUCAGGAACUGAACUGACAUGGUUUCAGCAGUGUGACAUCAUCGCUGCACUGAUGCUGCGCUCUUUGCAGCCAUUUUUUUUACAUUGUUACAUUGGAAACACUGUUAUUCCUAUUGGAUUGGGAUUUUAUGAGAGCUAAUGCAGGCUGGGAGACGUCUGCGGUGGUAAACGUGUGUAUUUGUGUGUGGGUUGACAGCUGAGUAAGAUGAAGGCAAACGAACAGACUGUAGUUAUUGCGUUCACUACAGCAUGUUUUUAUUUUUGUACCAAAUUUCUUUUAGAGCGCUGAAUUUUAUGUGCAUCCUUCCUUCUCUAUUGUUAGUUAACACUGAUGUGUCUCUGUGUGGUGUGUGUGCGUGUAUUGCAAAGUCUUGGAUCACUGGUCCACAAGGGGAUAAAUCGAUUAAUAAUUAAUUUAUGAUGUAAUUUGGGAGAAGUGCUAGAAAUGUUUUUUCUUAACUUUGUUUUUAAACGUAUAUAUACUUGACUAAGUGUUUUCUAUUAUAGAUUGUAGGUACUAUAACGGGCUUUUCUAGAUUUUUGGGCACUGUGAAUGGCCAGUGAGCUAAUGUCAAUCAAAAGACGGUUAAUUUAUACUUAUUUAAUUCCUAUUUGACUCCAAAACAAAGUUGUCGACACACACUAGUCAUAUUUUCUUCCCACAGUUCAAAAACAUGCAGAUUUGGGUAUUAGGCAAAUUGGAGACUCUAAAUUUACCGUAGGUGUGAGAGUGGAUGGUUGUUUUUCCUCUGUGGCCCUUUAGGGUGUAACCCUGCCUUUUGCCCUAUGUCAGCUGGUAUUAACACCAGCAACCCUCAUGUGGAGGAUAAAAUGAUAGAAAAUGAUCUGGUAUUUUUGUGGCAUCUACAACAUCAAUCAUUUAAACUCUGCAGUAUUUGCUGUUUUUUUUGUGCUUCUAGUGAGAGGGUUGAUGUCAAAGGUCGGUUGUGAAAGAAAGAAUCUCCCUUUUCCAAGUUCAUCAGGGAACUUUGGUGGUCUUCGCAUACCAGAAAGGACGCCCCUCUUCUUGGUUUGCAUAGUAAGCUUUCCAAAAACAUGCCUUACACACACACUGUUGCUGGUUUUUCUGUUCAAAACAAGAUGGUGGCAGCAAAAAGGUUAAUUCUAAGGUUACACAAACCAAACCUGUUUUAUUUUAGAGCAAUGGCACACCUAUUCAAACAUACAUGUGCGCAGCAGAUUUAAUUUCUCCCAUCAAAUACUCCCACUCACCCGGUAGACCUUUUUAUAUUCACUGAUGGAUUUUAAGUAACGGUGAUUUUCAGAAGCCAUCAUGUCAAUUUUGUGAGGAAAAAAACGGAACAAAAACAUUUUUUUUUUUAUUUCUCCUGGGAUAUAUGAAGUAUCGUUUCUAAUCUGAUAAACAUGUUUGUCUAUACCUCAGAUUCAGUGUAAGUGUAUUUGUAACCAUAUAUAUGCUCCGCGGACAGUGACAUGUACAGAGAAAUGUACAGUAUAUCACACGCCUACAUUGUUUACUAUGCAAAGUCCUGGGAAUAAACCUGUUCAGCUGUUUUUAUUUA